CUGCACGUACGGCCAUCGUUUUUUGUCAGGGGUCUACGUCCGGCGGGGUUUUCGUCGAUAGAAUAAGAUAAAAAAGAAAGAAAAAAAGAACUGACAAACUAAACAUGCCAGAGAAACACCUUAUAGAGGAAAUAAAGAAAAUGAAUAAAAAACUUAAAGACUUGAAUACACAGAUAGCAGCAAACGAAUAUAAGCUGCGUGAAGUUCCGAAUAGAAAAAGCGAAGAAAAGUUCAAUAAAGUCAUAGAAGAUCUAAAGCGAGAAAAGGAAGAGGGUGAAGAGAAAAGAUAUCUCCUUCAGAAAGUAGUGAAAYUGCAAGGAACACUAGAGACAAGAGAGGUAAAAAUAAUAUAGUUGAAAGCCCUAAUAGAGGAACUAGAACAAAAGAAUGAGCAAAUAGAAGAAUUAAAAAAAGAAAUAGUAGAUCUCAAGCAUAAAAGGGAUCAGUUGAAAAAUGAAAUAAUCAAGCUUGAAAGUGACAUACGUGAGUUGAAGGAAAAGAUCAAAGAAAAGGAUGAWMGUGUGGAACUGUUGGAAAUGAAAAUGAAAGAAAACCAGCAGAACCACCAGAACAGAAUGAAAGAUGCUAUUGCUAAGGGUGAGAAGAAUAUAAAUAUUUUGAGGAACGAAACUAUUGCCAAGAUCAUGCAACUAAAAGAUAAUCAUUCAAAAGAAAUGGACGAAAUGCGUGAAUCAAACAACUUCCUCGAAAAGGACGUAAAGAAACUUAAAACGGAACAUUCAAAAAUGGAAAGUAAACUAAAUGARUAUAAAGAGUAUGUUAGCUACUGUACAGAAGAAAAUCAGCACAUUUUGUACAUUGGGCAACUUUGUUCAAACUUGCAAACAAACUGGUAUCGAUAUGUUAUGCCGAAGCACUGCCACGAUGAGCAUCGUGCUUAUACAGUUAAGGACAUUAUAGACGAUAUUGGUGAUUGCACAAUACUCAGUGAAGAAGAGCAAAACGAUACCAAGAGGAGGUGGAAAGAAUUGCAAAGUAAAAUAGAUUGGAAGAAGAACAAACGAUUGAUAGAAGCGAUUAAGCGACUACGACACCAGAGAAACCAAGCCGCGCAUCCCAAAGUCCUUAGUGAAGAAGGAGCAAGAAGUGCGGCCGAGGAGUUAAGAAAACAAGGAAAAUUGAAUGUAAAACCUUCAUUUGAUGAUGUCAUGGGAUUAAUUAAUCUAUGGAAAUCUUCAAUAUCCCUGCACGAAGCACGAUCCGGCUGAUGCAUGUGGACCAGCUAAAACACUUCCAUGUUCCUUGAUCACAGACUCAUUUACUUAGGGUUGGCCUCAUAUCAGCGUUAAAAUAUUCACAUUUGAAAUAGGAAAUGUAAAGAAAAUAAUACACAACUUUAACAAUACCAGCACUUUUAAAAGUUCACAAACGGAUAUUUUUAAUCGAAUAUUUUUAAAUCCGCAACUUUCAUACCGAUUCCACCAUCAAGCCACACAAGGCCGUAUUCAAUUAAUCACUUGAUAAAUGUGGAAGUGACUUAAAGUUCACGCAUUUUUCCUUUUUAAAUAUUUACGUUUUUGGUUAUAAUUUAGAUUCCAGUGGAAAGCCRGCCGAGAUAUACYGAAAUGGGCUUUUCGUUUUCUAUCACAAAUCGGCCAUUAGUGUCUAGGGCGCAUGAGCUUUGCUGGCGAACUCAUGGACGAAGGCUCGCAGCACGUAACAGAGCUAAAACAAGCCCUUGGAAGCUUCGGUGCUCUCUCUGACUUCUAGUUCAUUCUUUUUUAUGGUUUAUAAUUUUAAUAUCCAGGAAUUCUUCCCUAAAACUAAGUUCCAUAAAAUGACAUGCUAUAGACCCCUUGUAGCACGUCGGAACGAAGCUUCAUUUGAAGUACAUAACAAUAGGUUCYCAAUUCUCUUCUUUCCCAUACCCAAAAUACUUUGCGGCUUUGGGGGGUAACCAGAGGAAAAACUGACUGCACUUAUUUUGCUGAAGGCUGAUCAGACAAUGUUGAAAAUAUCUCGUUUGAUAUCCAAAUACAAAAUGAAACAGUAAGAAGCAGAAAGAGAUGAAGAAGUUUAAAGUGAUUUUUAAAUAUUUCUUCGUAAGUCAAUACAUGUUCUGUAACACCAAACCUUUUGAUGUUCUGCAAAAUGAACUCAGAAUGGACUGAUAAUCAGUAUUUUACAGAUCAAAACAGUUAUAGUGUACAUUCAA